AUGGAUUACGUGUCCAAGUGGGUGGAGGUUGUUGCAUUACCAUCUAAUAAUGCAAAGGUGGUCGUGAAAUUCAUCCGGAAGCACAUCUUCACCAGGUUUGGAACUCCAAGGGCUAUGAUCAGUGAUGGAGAAGUGUCUAACAAAGAAGUCAAGCAGAUCCUCCAAAAGACUGUGAAUGCUCAAAGGAAAGAUUGGGCUGACAAGUUUGAUGAUGCCUUGUGGGCAUACCGGACUGUAUACAAAACACCGAUAGAGACUUCUCCUUAUCGAAUGGUGUUUGGAAAAGCGUGUCAACUACCAGCUAAUUUGGAGCACAAGGCAUAUUGGGCGAUAAAAAAGUUGAAUCUGGAUGCUGAGUUAGCCGGAAGGAAGAGAAUAACGCAGCUGCAUGAGUUAGAAGAGUUCAGGCUUUAUGCCUACAAGAAUGCUAAGUUGUACAAACCGAAGACCAAGAGGUGGCAUGAUAAGCAUAUUGUGUCACGCACCUUUGAGCCUGGUCAAUUAGUGUUCUUGUUUAACUCAAAGUUGAAGUUGUUUCCCAGAAAGCUUCGAUCUAAGUGGAGUGAUCCGUUUGAAGUGGUGAGGAUGACUCAACAUGGUGCGGUGGGGUUAAAGAACAAGGACAAGAGCUUUACUUUCCUUGUGAAUGGGCAACGGGUCAAGCACUAUUUUGGAAAUGAUGUUGAUUGUGAGCUUCAAGUGCUCACACUAAAUGAUGAAUGA